AUGGGUGUUUAUAACAUCAGCGUGUCCACUGGAUGCUCAGUCUAUGCGGGGUCCAAGAACCAGGUGCAGCUGUGGCUGGUGGGCCAGCACGGGGAGGCCUCUCUGGGGAUGUGCCUGCGGCCAGCUCGGGGCAAGACUGCAGAAUUCAAGGUGGAUGUGCCUGAAUACCUGGGGCAGCUGCUGUUUGUGAAAGUGUGCAAAAGGCACCUCCUUCAAGAUGAUGCUUGGUUCUGUAACUGGAUCUCCGUGCAGGGUCCUGGGCCCAACGGGGACAGAUUUUAUUUCCCAUGUUACCGUUGGGUGGAGACCAGAAGCGUCCUGGCCCUGCCAGAGGGCACUGGUGAGCUGCAGGGGGUAGAUGUGGUAGACGACACUCAAGGCUUCUUCAAAAAACACAGGGAGGAAGAGCUGAAAGAGAGAAAGAAGCAUUACCGGUGGGGGAACUGGAAGGAUGGGUUAAUCCUGAACAUGACUGGGGCCAAGAAAGAAGACCUCCCAGUGGAUGAGAGAUUUCUGGAGGACAAGAGACUUGACUUUGAGGCCUCCCUGGCUAAGGGGCUUACAGAACUGGCUCUCAAAGACUCUUUAAAUGCUCUUGCUUGCUGGAAUGAUCUAGAUGACUUUAAGCGAAUCUUCUGGUGUGGCCAGAGCAAGCUUGCUGUUAAGGUGCGGGACUCCUGGAAGGAUGAUGCCCUUUUUGGGUACCAAUUUCUCAAUGGUGCCAACCCCAUGUUGUUGAGGCGUUCUACUGCCAUUCCUGACCGCCUCAUAUUUCCACAACAAAUGGAAGAGCUGAAAGUUCAACUGGAAAAGGAGCUUCAUGCAGGUGCACUAUUUGAAGCUGACUUUGCCUUGCUGGAAGGAAUCAAGGCCAACAACUUUCUAUGUUGUCAGCAAUACUUGGCUGCCCCCUUGGUUAUGCUGAAAUUGGAACCCAAUGGCACACUUUUGCCCAUGGUCAUCCAGCUUGAACUCCCUAAAGUGGGAGCUGACCCUCCAAUGCUUUUUCUGCCGACGGAUCCCCCAAUGACUUGGCUCCUGGCUAAAUGUUGGGUCCGUAGCUCUGAUUUCCAGCUUCAUGAGCUGCAGUCACAUCUUUUGAGGGGACAUCUGAUGGCUGAGGUCUUUGCUGUGGCCACAAUGAGGUGCCUUCCAUCAGUACACCCCAUCUUCAAGCUAAUAAUUCCUCACCUGCGAUACACCAUGGAAAUUAACGUCCGGGCAAGGAAUGGACUGGUCUCUGACCUGGGAGUUUUUGACCAGGUGGUGAGCACAGGUGGGGGAGGCCAUGUGGAACUGCUCAAACGAGCUGGAGCCUUUCUAACCUACCGUUCAUUCUGUCCCCCUGAUGAUCUGGCUGACCGAGGUCUCCUGGGAGUGAAGUCUUGCUAUUAUGCCCAAGAUGCCCUUAGACUCUGGGAAAUAUUGCUACGCUAUGUGGAGGGAAUGGUGAAUCUUUUCUAUAAGACAAAUGAAGCUGUGAAAGAGGAUGCUGAACUGCAGGCUUGGUGUAAAGAGAUCACUGAACUUGGGCUGCUUGGAGCUCAGGACCGAGGGUUUCCUGUCUCCUUACAGUCUGUGGACGAGGUUUGCCACUUCGUUACUAUGUGCAUCUUCACCUGCACUGGCCAGCAUUCCUCCAUCCAUCUGGGCCAGCUGGACUGGUUCACCUGGGUUCCUAACACACCCUGCACUAUGAGACUGCCCCCACCAACCACCAAGGAUGUAACAUUGAAAACAGUGAUGGCGUCACUACCUAACUUUCAUCAGGCUUCUCUCCAGAUGUCCAUCACUUGGCAACUAGGCAGACGUCAGCCCAUUAUGGUGGCACUGGGACAGCAUGAGGAGGAGUAUUUUUCAGGCUAUGAGCCCAAGAUGUUGCUUAAGAAAUUCCGAGAAGAGCUGGCUGCUUUGGAUAAAGAAAUUGAGAUGAGGAAUGAGAAGCUGGAUAUGCCCUAUGAGUACCUGAGACCCAGUCUGGUAGAGAACAGUGUGGCCAUCUGA